UGCAUAUCGAUCUGGAAGCCCUUGCAGCUCGGGGCCGCACCUCCUCGAAGGUGCCAGUAGAAGUUCUUAGGUACUACACAUGCUGCUGCGAAAGGCAAGAUAGAACCGCUUGCGCGAUGGCUAGCACUUUAAACCAGGAACAAGCAGUGCUAUGCUGUAUAAAAGGCAGUGUAAAUUUUUUGGGGGCAACAACAUAACAAGGAAAAGAAAAAGAAGAGCCUUACUUUGCUAUGCUUAUUGUUGCAUUUCUCUUGAGCAGGAAAAGCAUUGAAAUGUGAGAAAGAAAGUAAGACCACCAUGCCGUUUUUCCUCCCUCCAGAAUUCGAUCAGCUGCUGAAUUACAUCCGGCAAUAUCAAAUGUUAGUAUGUCUGGGUCUGGAAGAAUGCGUGAUUUGUCGUGCAGCUUUUUCAUGACCCGUGAGGUCUGGAAUGCAGGACCUAGCAUGACACAUUCUGUGCGAUCUUUCUCAUGCCUAUCCUGCAUGAGAAACUGCCUCCCGACUUGGUCAAAACUGGACGACUUUUGGUAAUCAUGCAACACAGAUUUUUGCAUGCUUCAGAUUUAGCAUGACAAGUUGCAUUCUUCCAGACCCAGACAUUUUUACAUUUGAUAGGCAAACCGUCCUCCUGAAACUGGUUUUUUGCCUUCUGCUCGACCUGUUUGGCGUCGCCUCCUUCCUGCUGCCCGGUUUUGGGGAGCUGGCAGACAUCAGCUACGCUCCCGUGCUAUGCAUUGCAAAUAUGUCUGGGUCUGGAAACCUGUGGUGCAAGGAAGGGACAGUGAGCACUCUGUAAUGCGCUGCGCAGCAUGACAAGUUUUUCCGCGGUACUGAGUUGCGUACUCCGCAUGCGAAACUGCGUUUUUGGAUGACAGGCAAGCGGAGCUCUUCGCGGCCACGCAAUACAGAGUUCAGAGUCAUAUCAGACUAGCGCGACAAAUCUCGGAAUCAGCGAGACCAAGACACUUUUGCAUUUGAUACGUGCAGGCGUACCUGCUCUACCGGCUCUUUAACAACAGCUUCCGCAUCGCAGCCCUCGGAUUUGCGGAGGAAAUUUUGCCGGGGACAGAUGUGCUUCCCACGGCGACGCUUGCUUGGGUUUUGGAAAACACGAGCCUACUGCCGGAACAGCUCAAUCUGUUGCUCGGCGUGAUUCGGAAUGCCAGCAGUGCACGAAGGAACCAAUAGAAAACAAGGAAUUAGUACCGCCUGAGCAGGGUUUGCUGCUUUUCUGAGCAGGGUUUGCUGCUUUUCCGUACGAAUUGUGUAGUGAGUACGACCUUGGUAAAUAAAGCUCCUACACGAGGACCGACACAGAAACCACGGAUGUGAAAAGUGAAUUUUUGCAGCAGUCUAAAAACUUCUGCACUCGUAGAGGAGCAGCACGACCUGCUAGUGAUAUUGAAACAUCAGUCGCAAACUGCGUAGCCUCCUUGCAGGAGUGAUAUUCCGAAAAACUUAGCUGCGCCACUUCUAAAUACUUUUGACGAAGUGUGGGUUUAUUGUUCCUCAUCUGUCACCAGUUCACUUGGUCGGUUUCAAUUUCAUCAGUACGCGCUUUCCAAUUGUUUUGUGAGCGGCGCUCACCAGCUCUGCAAGAACCCUGGGACGGGGUGCAAGUUGUAGCUCUGCAGGGCGACGACACUGGUCCUGGAGUUUCAGUGCCAGGAACAAUAUCUUUCAAAUUCGCGACGCGUGCUGGCCGUAGGCUUCUUCCGCUUGAUUCGCACUGAGGAUGUUGGGGGUGGUCGUCUUGAUAUAAUUACACAACUUCUGAGCGACGUUCUAUUUGUUUCUCUUUGACGAGUGGCAGGGUUUGGCUCUGUUUUUCUAACACGCAUUGAGCACCAGCACCGAGAGGACAUCAGGGAGGUUGGAACAGACGAGAGUUUGACAAAGAGGAGGAUGGGGUGUGGUACUGAACAGCCUACAACUUUUUGCCCACUAGUUUGGUCUUUUGUGCUGGUGUAUGAGAGGUAGAGAUGAGAAGUAGAUGAAAAAGAGUUUAUUGUCACACAGAAGAUCUUCAAAGAUGAAUAAAGUGUUGGUUUGAUGUCAUGCAGGGUGAGAUAAACAAGCACGUGCACGGUCCACAAAAUAAAUUCUACCCAGGUACGAAAUCGACGAAGCAGAAAAAGACGUGGUCGACCUCCGUCGCAUGCGAAGGCAAAUCAGGUGUCUAUUUGGGACGCAGACGAGGCCCGAAGUCAGUCGCAUGUUCGAUUCACCCACAACCAGCACGGGCAGUGGAGAUGUGUCAUGCACACCAGGCAUUCCAUUCCAAUCCGACAUAGUAAAGCUAACCAACCAUUUCAUCUCACCUUGAACUCAACAGGCAGUCGCUUUUCGACGAGUUUGGGAGGUCACCGGUGGUAAACCAGAGCAAUGCCGUCGGCUCCUCCUCCUCGCACCACAACCCCUCUUUCCUGCGGCAGCCCAACAACAAUUACCCAAUAUCGCCCAAGCUGGGGCAGCUCACCAGGAAUAGCGACGCGAGGGAGAAUAUGCAUUCUGCGAAUUAGUAUGUCUGGGUCACUUGCAAUGUGUCAUGCUAAAAAUCUGUGAAUUUCAAGAUGACUAGAGUACGCAGCCAAGCAUGACAGAGUUACUUUGAACAGUGCCGUAGUGCCUAUAAUAAUUCGCACGAGAAACUUCUGCGCUACUCCGAAAGAUGCAUUUCGGAACUCGGGAGUAUAGUUGGAGUUCAGCAUUCCAAGUCUGGCAUGAACCUUCAAGACCCAGACCACAUACUCUCAAUGUCGAUAAGGAAGGAAAAGGAGAUGCAAUCGAUACUGAAGAACAUACCAAAUAAUCCGGACUGGGCCCAGGAAGUUGUGAAAGCCGCAACUGCACCGGGGAACCAGUGGCACCUUUUAGGGAACGCCAAUGUCUGCUAUACUAGUACAGGGUUAUUUGAUGGUGAAGUUUGAAGAUGGAUAAAGAAAUGUUUCAUGUACGUCGGAUGAACAUGAAAGAGUAGUAAAGAGAAGCAC